CAGGCGGGGCGGCUCUGGGUUUGCUUCGGUUGCUCGGGCCCGGCGCCGGCGGGGCCCGAAGCCUUUGUUUUGGGGGAGGGGACUGCGCCUGCCUCUUUAUCUCUGUCCUGCUUUGUGGGCCGAGCUCGCUCCCUGCCCCGGAGUGCGCGCGUCCCACCUCCCCGCGGAGUCCAGUUGUGAGCCCGCAGGCCCGGGGGAGGUCCCCGGCGGAGCAGCCCGGGCGCGGGCGAGCGCGGCCGAGCCGGCGGGGGUCACCGCGCGGGUUUCGGGGCUCGCGCCUGGCGGGUGCCCAGCUCCUCCAAGCGCCUACUACCAGUUGGAGGGCCUGCAGGGAGACGCGUCGUUCUCAGGCAAGGAUUUAGCACUCUGCCCCAGGAUUUAACACUCAAGCCUUUAAGGCAGGAGCUACAGAGACCUCCAAAAGAAGACCAGUUCCUCGGAUGAGCCCCUCCCAGAGAGAUGAAGGGGCAGCAGAAAACAGCUGAAACUGAAGAGGGGACGGUGCAGAUUCAGGAAGGUGCAGUGGCUACUGGAGAGGACCCAACUAGUGUAGCCAUCGCCAGCAUCCAGUCAGCUGCCACCUUCCCUGACCCCAACGUCAAGUACGUCUUCCGAACUGAGAAUGGGGGCCAGGUGAUGUACAGAGUGAUCCAAGUGUCUGAAGGGCAGCUGGAUGGCCAGACAGAGGGCACUGGCGCUAUCAGUGGCUACCCUGCCGCUCAGUCCAUGACCCAGGCAGUGAUCCAGGGCGCCUUCACCAGUGACGAUGCAGUUGACACGGAGGGAACGGCCGCUGAGACACAUUACACUUACUUUCCCAGCACCGCCGUGGGAGACGGGUCAGGGGGCACCGCAUCGGGGAGCACCACCGCUGUGGUCACCACCCAGGGCUCAGAGGCACUGCUGGGGCAGGCCACCCCGCCCAGCACUGGUCAAUUCUUUGUGAUGAUGUCACCACAAGAAGUAUUGCAGGGAGGGAGCCAGCGGUCAAUUGCCCCCAGGACUCACCCUUACUCCCCGAAGUCGGAGGCUCCCAGGACAACUCGAGAUGAGAAGCGUAGGGCCCAGCACAAUGAAGUGGAGCGCCGCCGCCGGGACAAGAUCAACAACUGGAUUGUACAGCUGUCCAAAAUCAUCCCAGACUGCUCUAUGGAGAGUACCAAGUCUGGCCAGAGCAAAGGUGGGAUCCUCUCCAAAGCCUGCGAUUAUAUCCAGGAGCUUCGGCAGAGCAACCACCGGUUGUCUGAAGAGCUGCAGGGGUUAGAUCAGCUGCAGCUAGACAACGAUGUGCUUAGACAGCAGGUGGAAGAUCUUAAAAACAAGAACCUGCUACUACGAGCUCAGUUACGGCACCAUGGAUUAGAGGUCGUCAUCAAGAACGACAGCAACUAACUAUGGGGACUCGGGCUUUGGCCCUAGAACUGCAGAUAGCCUGGAAGCAGCAGGCGAUUCCCAUGCCCCUUCCCUUCACUGCCUACUUCUGGCGUGGGACUCGGGGGAGUUUGGCAAGUGUGUCUUUGACCUGAGGCCCGUGGUGUGGUGGCCUGCAGUGAGUGGUGUGAAACAGGACACAGACAUGCACCGACAGCCUUGCCUGCUCCCACCGUGCAGUCCCUGGGCCCUGGUGCCCCUUUUGCACAUUGCAUGUGCUGUCCCCUUGAUGGACCGUGGACACUAAACCUGGGCUUGCCCUGUGCUCGCUUAGAGCGCCCAGCAGAGGGUCCGUGGGCACUCUGUGGGUCUAGCACUUGUACUGGUUCUUCCUUGCUCUGGAGCAGAAGUGAAGGUGUGCAUCCGAGUCCUCUGGGGAGUGGGCUUGUUCAGGAGGUGGGGAAGGGUGCUAGGUGGCUGCUAUCCCCUGAGCAGGGAGGGCUCAGUGAGCAGCUGAGGCCUCUGCAGAAGCUUCUGGAGCCAGGGAGAACCCCGAACAGGCUCACUGGGAGCCUUCCCCAUCUUGGGGAUGGUUCUUUUUAUUUCUUUCCUUUUUUUUUUUUUUUUUUUUUUUAAGAUAAAAUUGUUUAGAGCCACA